UGUAUGUAUUCGUGUGCGCGCGCACGUAUCUGUGUGUGCGUGUGUGUGUGUGUGUGUUGCCAGUGAGCGGCUGGCAGCCAAUCGUAAGUUAGCCUGGUUCGGACGGACUCGUCGCACGCUCCUCCACUCCCUCCGCGUGCUGUCCUUGCCGUGCACGCGCGUGGUACCCACGGUCGUGAGGAGGCGGAGGAGGAUGUUGCGCGCGAAGGGGAAAUGGCUGCCGAAAACAAGCCGGAAGGACUGAAGAAAGUUCGUAAUCCGGAUCGAAUGUACAGAUCAGCCGUGUGUUAUGCUGGCCACGGUCCACCAAAGAGUAUCAGCGAUGACACAGAGACUAACAAUGAUCAUGGACAUUUGAAAAUAUACCUGCCCAAGAAGCUGCUUGAGUGUCUACCCAAAUGCACCUCCCUGCCCAAGGAGAGACACCGCUGGAACACCAAUGAGGAGAUCGCAGCUUACUUGAUAACAUUUGAAAAGCAUGAAGAAUGGCUAACAACGUCCCCUAAAACAAGGCCGCAGAAUGGGUCGAUGAUAUUGUACAAUAGGAAGAAGGUCAAGUACAGAAAGGAUGGCUACUGUUGGAAGAAGAGGAAAGACGGGAAGACCACGCGGGAGGAUCACAUGAAGCUGAAAGUGCAAGGAGUUGAGUGUCUCUAUGGCUGCUAUGUCCACUCGUCCAUCAUCCCCACCUUCCACCGUAGGUGCUACUGGCUGCUCCAGAAUCCUGACAUUGUGCUCGUCCACUAUUUGAAUGUGCCGGCCAUUGAGGAUUGUGGCAAACCAUGCGGUCCGAUCCUGUGUUCCAUCAAUACGGACAAGAAGGAGUGGGCCAAAUGGACCAAGGAGGAACUGAUCGGCCAGCUCAAACCCAUGUUUCAUGGCAUCAAGUGGACUUGCAGCAACGGGAACAGCAGCUCUGGCUUCUCAGUGGAGCAGCUAGUGCAACAGAUACUGGACAGCCACCAAACUAAGCCACCUCCCCGGACUCACAACUGCCUCUGCACUGGCACGCUGGGUGCUGGUAGCAGCGUGCAUCACAAAUGCAACAGCGCCAAACAUCGCAUCAUCUCCCCUAAGGUGGACCCCCGUACAGGAUCCUACAGCAGCGCUCACUCAGAACUGCAAAACAACGACGUGUCCGAAGGGAAAACUGAGAACAGUAGCCAUGGUGGCACCAAAAGCACCGGGGGAGGAGGAGGAGGAGGAGAAAGAGGGGGAGGAGGAGGCAGUGCCAGGGAGAAACGCAACGGUAAAGUCCACAAGCCCAUCUUGCUGCACCAGAACAGCACCGAGGUGUCAUCCACCAACCAGGUUGAGGUUCCGGACACGACCCAGAACUCCCCCGUGUCCAUCAGCAGUGGCCUCAACAGCGACCCAGACAUGGCUGACAGCCCUGCGGUGACAGGAAUGAGUCACGUGGCCUCCGUCAUGUCCGGCCUUCCCCAGGGCGUUUUCAUGUCAGAAGUGGCCGGAGACCCUGUCUACAGCAUGUCUCCGACCGGUGGCCCCAACGCUCACCUCAUGGGUGCUGAUGCCAGCUCGCAGGCUUUGGUGCUCUCCGUGACCUCUGAUCGUCACAAGUUCGCAUUUGCCCGCGGAGCAGUGGGGGAACCCGGGAGCACGGGCGACAGCCUUUCCAUGUUGUCCGCAGCUGGGGUUUCCGAGGAACUGGCUCUCUCAAGCAGUCUGGACUCUGGAACCAUCAAGAUCCCGGAGACCAACAUGAACUUUGACCCUGACUGCUUCCUGAACAACCCCAAACAAGGCCAAACCUAUGGAGGCAGUGCAAUGAAAACAGAAGGAAUCUGCGCCUCAUCCUCCUGCGGGGUCAGUGGUGGUGUCACCGACGACGCUCUGCGGAGCUCUCCCCCCAUGCCAGACAAUGGCUACAGCUUUGGCUCAGCUUUAGUGAAGAACAUCAAGACCGAAGACACCUCCUUUGAGCAGCAGCUGGCCAAAGAGAGUGGCUACCAGGUGGGGGCAGUAGUGAACUGUGAUGGCGGCGUGUCGGUGCCACCUGCUACCAGUUCAGGUCAGGGCAGCCUAACGCUGACCCCAGCAGGAUCCUUGCUUCCUUCAGGUGGUGGUUUAAGUCCCAGCACCACCCUGGAGCAAAUGGAUUUCAGUGCUAUCAAUGCCAAGCAGGACUAUGCAUCCGGCGCUUCUGCCGUGAGUUAUGGUCAGGCAAUGUCUAGUCCUCACAUGCCACACCAGAACCGUUCUCCCAGUUUCUUCCUUCAGGAUGCUUCUCAGUCCAGCCAGGCGCAACAGGGGAGGGCCAGCAUGGGCCAGAAAGCACACAUGAUGGAGCACAACACCCAGGAAUCUGGAGCCUAUAUGGGGCUGCAUGUGGUGAAGGCUGAAUCUCCUGCUAGUAAUGGUCACCUACACCACCACCAACAGACCCAACAUAGGGCCAGCUGUAAUGGAGGCUCACCAACAGACAGCGGUAGCCAGACUGGAUCCCUGCAGCUGCUCCAGUACCGGGGGACUUUCGCUGCGCUCGGCAAUGAGCACGAGGAGGUGGUGGUUCUAGAGCAGCCGGCCGGUGUGAGUUCUGCCCAGGCUAGAGCGCCCGAGAAUGGAGCCGAGAAUCUACUCAAGCCAGCAGAUCAAUUGCAGUCCUGUGUGGCAGGAAAUGGAGAAGGAGGCGCCACUGAGCACUAUAUUCAGACAUCAGAUGGCGGUGGAGGAGGAGGUGGAGGAGGAAGAAACGGUGGUGCGGCCGAAGGCAUGGCACUUCCCAAUGGAAAUGGAGACGAUGGCUGCGAUCAUAUGCCACAGCAACAGCAGCUGCAGCCACUCCUCCAGGGAGCAGGCAUGGUCCAGGGACUCUUCAACGCUGUUGCAAGCCACCAAGGCUUGGGGGGAGCCGCCAAUAACGGAGGAGCAGGGGCCACUGGCAUGGAGAUCAGCCUAGAUCACUUUGACAUCUCUUUCGGCAACCAGUUCUCGGACCUAAUUAACGACUUCAUAUCAGUGGAUGGCAGUGGAACGGCCAUGUCUGCCGGAGGAAGCAUCUAUGCUCACCAGCUCGUCACUUCACACAGCUCGGAGAGUCCAAACGCUGCCGGCGGGGGUCCCCGACAGAGGCACGAGGAUGCCAGGGGGUCUGGCUACAACCCAUCAGAGCUCUGCCUUCAGCCAUGCUGCAGCCCCCAGUCUCUGAGCGGGGGUGCUGGUGCAGCGGGGGACGCUGGAGAGGCGGCGGCGCUGUCCUACAUGAAUGUAGCCGACGUGGUCUCUGCUGCCGUUGCGCACGGUGCGCUGGGCAUGCUCCAGGCCACUGGGCGGCUCUUCAUGGUCACUGACUACUCUCCUGAGUGGUCCUAUCCUGAGGGCGGUGUGAAAGUGCUAAUCACAGGCUCCUGGCAAGAAGCUGCCUCAAACUACAGCUGCUUAUUUGACCAGAUCUCAGUUCCAGCCUCUCUCAUUCAGCCGGGAGUGCUGCGUUGCUAUUGCCCAGCUCAUGACACAGGUCUGGUGACGCUCCAAGUGGCCGUUAGCAAUCAGAUCAUCUCCAACUCUGUGGUUUUUGAGUACAAGGCCCGUGCGCUUCCCUCUCUGCCCUCUGCUCAGCACGACUGGCUCUCACUGGAUGAUAACCAGUUCCGAAUGUCUAUCCUGGAGCGCUUGGAGCAGAUGGAGAGGAGGAUGGCGGAGAUGGCCAGCCACCAGCAGCCGACCACCGCAGCGAGUGGUGGGGCUGCAGGAGGAGGAGGAGGAGGAGGAGGAAGUGGCGGAGGAGCUGGGGCAGGUGCAGGUGCAGGAGGUGGAGGUGGACAGAGCAACAGCCAGACACAGUGUGCGACAGGCCCAACGCAGGCCAGUAGCUCCUUUGAGAGCCGCGUGGUUGUGGUUUGCGAGAAGAUGAUGAGCAGAGCUUGUUGGGCCAAGUCCAAACAUUUAAUCCACGCCAAGACUUUCCGAGGCAUGACUCUCCUUCACCUGGCUGCUGGCCAGGGCUACGCCACCCUCAUCCGGACGCUCAUCAAGUGGCGCGCCAAACAUGCUGAUAGCAUUGAUCUGGAGUUAGAAGUGGACCCUCUCAAUGUGGAUCACUUCUCCUGCACACCUCUGAUGUGGGCAUGUGCGCUGGGUCACCUGGAGGCAGCCGCGGUCCUGUACAAGUGGGAUCGACGGGCCCUUGCAAUUCCAGAUUCUUUGGGCCGUCUACCUCUUUCCAUCGCCCGCUCUCGGGGCCAUACCAAAUUGGCGGAAUGUCUGGAGCAGCUGCAGCGGGAGGAGUGUCAGCCACCAGCGCCGCUACCCCCCACAACUCGCACGUCUUUCUCCCCGCCGCUCGACCCUCCCGCUGCAGACGGCUGGAUGCUCAGCUGGGCGAAUGAGACCGCAGUAACUCCCGGCGGUGGCAAGAGAGGAGGUCCUGCUACGACGUCCAUUGACACCAGCCACAAUCCAGACUUGAGAAGGCCUAGGUCAGAACCUUCAAGUUACUACAGCAGCGAGGGCCAAAGAGACCUACCGCUAGCUAAAAAGCAUAAACCCAACCCACAGCAAUUUCAGACGCGGCCCGACAAGGCCGCGUCUGUUCCUCUUAGCCUGCAGCAGCAGCAGCAGCUGCUCCGCAAGCUUCCCUCUAGCCCCAAGAGCCAGUCCUCGGAGAGCCUGGUGGACACGAAUCUGUCGACAGGGGGGAGCACGGGGACAGCCAGGUGGACCUCCAGGGAAGAGACUUUUUCUGGCAGCAACAUGGGGAGGAAGGGUCUGGGGGUCGACGAGAGCGGCAUUUUGGGGAAGGAGAAGCUCGUCAGCCGCUUACGCCAGCGGGAACAACUCAGCAUGCUGGUCAUGGCGGAGAGAAGCGUGGCUGACGCAGAAAUGUUAUCUUAUCAGGAUGAUCUGGAGAAUCAAGACUGUCUCACACAGAUGGAUAACCUCCAGGCAAAUAUGAUGACUCUGGCGGAGCAGAUCAUUGAGGCAACACCGGAGAGGAUCAAGAGGGAGCAUUUUUCUUCUGCUGACUCUUUGCCGGAGAACACAUCAGGGAUCAACAGCACCAUGAACUGGCUAGCCAACUACCUGGGAGAUGUAGAGCAGCUGCCCAGCAUCUUACACCUACGAUCUCUGCACAACGAUCCUGUGACCUCCUCUUCCAACCCCAGCCAAAGUCCUGGGCUUAACCCACUGGGAGAGGAGCCGUUGGAGAGGCCCGCACUUCCAUCGCAGGCAGACUGGAGCGACUUCAUCAAUGCCUCCAACAGCAAGGUGGAGAGAGACCUGGCCCAGCUUACUCUCUCCGAUCCAGAGCAAAGAGAGCUAUACGAAGCUGCCCGUCUCGUUCAGACUGCCUUCCGCAAGUACAAGGGGCGGCCGCUUCGAGAACAACAGCAAGUAGCCACUGCUGUUAUUCAGCGUUGUUACAAGAAAUACAAACAGCUUACAUGGAUAGCCUUGAAGUAUGCACUUUAUAAGAAGAUGACGCAGGCCGCCAUCCUUAUCCAGAGUAAAUUCCGCAGCUACUACGAGCAGAAGAAGUUCCAGCAGAGCAGAAGGGCUGCCGUGCUCAUUCAGCAAUACUACCGCAGCUACAAGGAGUUUGGCAGGCUCAAGCCUCGGCACCGCGAGGCGGCUGCUGCCCUAAUGCAGCACAAAAUGAGAGGUAGUCUGCUCACAAAGAGGCAAGAUCAGGCCGCCCGGAAGAUCAUGAGGUUUCUGCGUCGCUGCCGCCACAGCCCCUUGAUGGACCAUAGACUGUUCAAGCGGGGUGAAAGAAUCGAAAAGGGCCAGGGAACAUGAGCACCCUCACAAGCCCCCGCUCCCAAUGUGACGUCUCUCCGCCAACGCCUCCUUUUUAAUUGGUCUUUUUUUUUCCUUUGGACCCGCCAUUGAACAGCAGAAGCAGAUGGAAAACAAUAGCAUCAGUGCAAAGUGCAAUGCCCCCCCCCCCACACACACACACACACAGUUUCACUUGGAAAGUUGUAACUUUAUGGGAUUCUAAACUUGUGGGGAUGAGGACACUGCAGAGUUUCUCUUCAUGGUAUUUCUUUUUUUAUUAUUGUUUGCACUGAAGCUAAAACUAGGCUGCUGCUGCUGAAUAUCUGACACCAUAAGGGAGACCAUGCUGGAAGACUAUUCAUCGUAUUCCAGCAAUUUUUCCAAGUGACCAAUGGUUUUUUUUGGUUGUUGUUGUUAUUUUUACACCCAAAACAUCAGCCACAUGGAUAGCACACACAGUCUGAUGGCAUCUCAGAGCAUUGCGCCCCGUCUCUCGGCCCAGCCAGCCAGAGCGCCAAGUGAAUGUAAUCGACUCGGUGCACGAGCAAACGGGGGAUUCAAUAAUUGCCUGUUGUUACUUGAUGACUUGAAUUUGUUCCAUGCUGUUUGUCCCUUCAUGUCCAAUGUAUUGCCGGGUUCUGUGCUGUAAAAUCCAAUAACCCCCACA